UCUCCCGGCUUCCUCCACCUGCCCGGCUCCCGGGAAUUUGCCGGGGGCGGUCGGCGGGGUGGCGGUCGCGCACUGCAGCGUGGCCAGCGGCGGGAUUCGGGAUGACCUGGUGCCGGUCUGAGUUUCUGUGGCUCCUCAAGAUAUCAGUUUUAGUCUUAGGACUUGGCAUUGUUGUAUUUAUGUUCAGAAGUGUGGAAUUCAAUAGCAUCAUGCCAGAGCUCCCGCAUUCUGCUCUGAAUGACCAGACACCGAAGCUUCUACCUGAGGAACAUCUCAAGAACCUCUUUACCUAUGAUGGAAUCUGGCUGUUCCCAAAAAACCAGUGCAAAUGCGAAGCUACCAAACAGAAGAGAAGCUAUAAUUUUCAGGAUGCCUAUGGCCACAGUGAGCUCCCUGCAGUAAAAGCAAGGAGACAGGCUGAAUUUGAACACUUUCAGAGGAGAGAAGGGUUGCCCCGUCCACCGCCGCUGCUGGCUCAGCCCAACCUCCCCUUUGGGUACCCGAUCCAUGGGGUGGAGGUGAUGCCCCUGCACACGGUUCCCAUCCCGGGUCUCCAGUUUGAAGGACCAGAUGCCCCCAUCUAUGAGGUCACCCUGACAGCUUCUCUGGGGACACUGAACACCCUCGCUGACAUCCCUGACAGUGUGGUGCAGGGCAGAGGCCAGAAGCGACUGACCAUUUCCACCAGUAAUCAGAAGCUUUUGAAUUUCAUCCUCCAGCACAUGACAUACACCAGCACAGUGUACCAGCACCACAGAGUGGAUGUGGUGAGUCUGGAGUCCAAGUCCUCAGUGGCCAAGUUUCCAGUGACCAUCCGCCAUCCUGUCAUCCCCAAGUUAUAUGACCCUGGACCAGAGAGAAAGCUCAGAGACCUGGUGACCAUUGCCACCAAAACUUUCCUCCGUCCCCACAAACUCAUGACUCUGCUCCGGAGCAUUCGUAUGUACUACCCAGACUUGACAGUGAUCAUAGCUGAUGACAGCAAGGAGCCCCUGAAGAUUACUGACAACCACGUGGAGUAUUACACCAUGCCCUUUGGGAAGGGUUGGUUUGCUGGUAGGAACCUGGCCAUAUCUCAGGUCACCACCAAAUACAUUCUCUGGGUGGACGAUGAUUUUCUCUUCAACAACAAGACCAAGAUUGAAGUGCUGGUGGAUGUCCUAGAGAAAACAGAACUGGAUGUGGUAGGUGGCAGUGUGCUUGGAAACGUGUUCCAGUUUAAGCUGUUGCUGGAGAAGAGUCAGAAUGGGGACUGCCUUCACAGGAGGCCAGGCUCUUUCAGGCCCUUGGACAACUUCCCCAACUGCGUGGUGACGAGUGGCGUUGUCAACUUCUUCCUGGCCCACACAGAGCGACUCCAGAGAGUGGGCUUCGACCCCCGCCUGCAGCGAGUGGCUCACUCAGAGUUCUUUAUCGAUGGGCUCGGGAGCUUGCUCGUGGGAUCAUGUCCAGAAGUGGUGAUAGGUCACCAGGUCCGAUCUCCCAUGGCUGAUCCGGAGCUGGCCAUCCUGGAGAAGACCUACAGUGCAUUCCGGACCAACACCAACGACCAGGUCCAGUUCAAGCUGGCUCUCCACUACUUCAAGAACCAUCUCCAGUGCUCCACAUGAGGGUGCCCAGGCAUCAGUAAUGUUCUAGACUUAUUGGUUGUGGGUGUCUAGGACAGCGGAACUGGUGGUUGGGCUACCAAAAUAGGGACUCCCGAUGAGAUGCAUGUUGUAAAGAACAAGCCAGAGUGGGUAGGACAGAUGAGUCGGGCUCAGUGACUAACAAUUUCCAUCAGAGACUUAGGGUCAUUAGAAAUGGACCAAUCCCUGAGAAGGGCAACAGAGGCCUAUCAGUAAUAAUCAUUAUUUGUUUGUAUGUUGUGGUACCAUUUGUGGAGCAUCCGUGCACAGGGCAUCUCACAUCAUCUCAUUUGAUCUCAUGCAAAAGAAUAUAUUAUGGGUUGGUAUCCUUGGUCAAAAGAAUGGCUGUGGGGUUUUGAGGAUUAUUUGGUAGAAAUUAUAUCAUAGUCAGAAGCAUCAUCUCCAACAUCCACAAAUGUUUAUUUGUUGCUACCUUGGGGACUCAAAUAAUGGGACUAAUGCAGGGUCCUGGUCUUGAGGAUGAUGCAGCCUGGUCCAGUUCAGUCGGCUAGCAGAAUUGUGCGGCCAGGAUCAGGGAACCAGGGGAGAGAGGAGUGACUGGGGCCCAGGCAGCUGAGGAAGUCUCUGUGGGGAGAGGUCAGCUGAAGCCGGGAGGAUGGAUGGGAUUCAGGCAGCAGAGGAAGAAAGGGAAGUGAGCACUGUAGCCUCCUGUCUGCCAGAACAAAGGUUUCCCUGGCAUCAGACUUGCUACUGUAAGGACACAUUCCAGAACACCAGGGAUUGAACUCCGAACCUGUGCUAAGGUGCCAUGAUAAAUAGUGUAAGUGCAGUGGUGCUGCCAGGAAUUUGAGAUCAGUUGUUGAUCACUCAAGACCCAUGUCAUGUGCAGAAAGGAGCCAUCACAUGUUGUGGAGGAAGGCUCUGUCUGUUAUCUCGGGAGUCUGCAGAUUCUAUAGCUACUGUACCUGCCUUUAGGGCUUCCACUCUUUGCUGCUGAAGGUGCUCUGGGGUAGUUCAGGAUCCCUGAAAAUGUGGCUCUGAGAUAUGAAUAAAACUCCAUGAAAAUGUUUUGGUGGUCCAACAAUUUUGAAAAAUACCGAAAGCUGUAUCUCCCUCUUGGAAAGUUGCAAUUCACAUUAGAAUAUUAAAGUCUCUAAAAGGGCAGCCAGGGGAUCCCUGGGUGGUGCAGCGGUUUAGCGCCUGCCUUUCGCCUGGGGUGCGAUCCUGGAGA